GGACGGAAGUUGCACCACCACAGUACGAUUACUUUCAGUUUUGUUUCUCUUGCAGGUAGUCAACUGCCUGCGGGAGCGGGAUUUCGGGGCUCCCCGGGUCCUGCUAGGAGAGUCCAAGAUAUCAGCUGUGGCUGGGCCUGGAGGCUGCCUGGUCUCAUUUCCCCACAGGCUCAGGACUUCCUACAGUGUUUACUUGUUUAUGUCCCGUGAGUGUCUGUGAAGAGGACAAAGUGGAAGAAAAAAGGCCUCCCACAAGCCAGAACGUACCAGACAUCCAGCAUGAACUCCAAAGUCUCUUCCCCAACCCUGCUGGAAGCUCUGAGCAGCGAUUUCCUAGCCUGUAAAAUCUGCCUGGAGCAGUUAAACACACCCAAGACUCUGCCAUGCCUACAUACCUAUUGCCAGGAUUGUCUGGCCCAGCUGGACAUCGGUGGCCAGGUCCGCUGCCCUGAGUGCCGGGAGAUUGUGCCUGUCCCCCGCGAAGGGGUGGCCGCCUUCAAGACCAACUUCUUUGUCAAUGGGCUCUUGGAUCUUGUGAAGGCCAGAGCUCCUGGAGACGUGCAUUCAGGGAAGCCAACCUGCGCUCUGUGCCCUCUGGUGGGAGGCAAGAGCUCAGGGGGACCCGCCACAGCCAGGUGCCUGGACUGUGCAGAUGACUUGUGCCAGGCCUGUGCCGAUGGGCAUCGCUGCUCCCGCCAGACCCAUAAACACCGCGUCGUUGACUUGGUGGGUUAUAGAGCCGGGUGGUAUGAUGAAGAGGCUCGCCAGCGCCAGGCAUCCCAGUGUCCCCAGCACCCAGGGGAAGCCCUCUGCUUCCUCUGCCAGCCUUGUUCUCAGUUGCUCUGCAAAGAUUGCCGCCUGGGUCCCCAUAUCGAUCACCCCUGCUUGCCCUUAGCGGAAGCAGUGCGUUCCAGGAAGCCGGGCCUUGAGGAGUUAUUGGCAGGUGUGGACAGCAAUCUGGUGGAGCUAGAGGCCACUCGGGUGGCAGAAAAGGAAGCCCUGGCCUCGCUUCGGGAGCAGGCAGCCAGUGUGGGGAUGCAGGUGGAGGAGGCAGCUGAACGUAUCCUCAAGUCCCUGCUGGCCCAGAAGCAGGAAGUGUUGGGACAGCUCCGGGCCCUCAUGGAGGCUGCCGAGGAGGCUACCAGAGAGAGGCUGGCCAAGAUAGAGGGCCAGGAGCAGGUGGCCAAGGCGGCUGCCGCGUUUGCCCGUCGAGUGCUCAGCCUGGGCCUAGAGGCCGAGAUCCUUUCUCUGGAGGGAGCAAUCACACAGCGCCUGCGCCAGCUUCAAGACUCUCCCUGGACUUCUGGGCCCACCCGCUGUGUGCUGCCCCAACUGGAGCUCCACCCUGGGCUUGAAGACAAGAACUGCCACCUGCUCCGACUCUCCUUCGAGGAGCCAAAACAAUCCCAGAAGGACAAUGGAAAGGGUGGAGCUGGUACCCAAGGAAGAGACGAAGCUCAAGGCCAAGGGGAAGAUAGAACCAAGACAGCGAAGCAGGGCGGAGCCCAGCCCCUGACUCCCAAAGAAGGCAAAGCCCAGAUCCCCCAAGAAGACGACGAGGUCCUCAUCGAAAGGGGUAACAGGCUUAACAAGAAGAAAAAGUGCAGAGGCAGGGGCAAGUCCGUUUCUCGGGAGCCCAGCCCCAUCCUGAGGCCAAACUUAGAAGGUUCAGGCCUCCUCCCUCGGCCUGUCUUUUCCUGGAGUUUCCCCACGAGGAUGCCCGGGGACAAGCGCUCCCCACGGAUCACUGGACUCUGUCCCUACGGCCCCCAGGAAAUCUUGGUGGCAGAUGAGCAGAAUAGGGUCUUGAAACGCUUCUCCCUCAAUGGGGACUACAAAGGCACAGUGGCGGUCGCUGAGGGCUGUUCCCCGUGCAGCGUGGCUGCCCUGCAGAACACAGUGGCUUUCUCCGCCAAUGCAAGACUCUAUCUUGUCAAUCCUGAUGGAGAAGUUCAGUGGCGCAGGUCCCUGAGCCUCACCCAGUCCAGCCACGCUGUGGCCGCAAUGCCGUGUGGAGACCGGGUAGCCGUCAGUGUGGCAGGCCAUGUGGAAGUAUAUAAGAAAGACGGCAGCCUGGCUACUCGGUUUAUCCCCGGAGGCAAGGCUAGCCGGGGCCAGCGGGCACUGGUGUUCCUGACCACCUGCCCCCAGGGCAAUUUUGUAGGGUCAGAUUGGCAGCAGAAUAGCGUGGUUUUCUGUGAUGGGCUAGGUCAAGUGAUCUGGGAAUACAAGGGCCCUGGGUUACAUGGCUGCCAGCCAGGUUCUGUGUCUGUGGAUAAGAAGGGCUACAUAUUUCUGACCCUUCGAGAGGUGAACAAGGUGGUGAUCCUGGAUCCCAAGGGGUCGCUUCUUGGUGACUUCCUCACAGCAUACCAUGGCCUGGAAAAGCCUCGGGUAACCACCAUGGUAGAUGGCAAAUACUUGGUGGUGUCACUUAGUAAUGGGACCAUCCAUGUCUUUAGGGUCAGGUUUCCUGACAGUUAAAGGGGCUUUGGGCUGGAAUGGGGGGUGGGCAGGUGGGAAGGGAGGGAGGGAGGGCAUCAUAGAAGCAGAGCCACCUGUAGGAUGGGGUGGCCAAGGGCAUUUUCCCAACCAGCAAAAUGCUUGCUUCUUUUGUGAUGUACAGGGAUAGAAGAUACUAAGAGUGGCGGUUGGUUGACUAAGAGAGGGCGGCGGGCCUUGAGCACACAACAGCAGUCGGCCAACCCGCUUGCUUUUGAGUAAUUCCUGCAGCUGUGGCUGCUGCUGUAGUUUUAGGUGUCUUGAGAUUUAGAAGCCCGAUUCUUGAUUUGUAUUCUUCAGAACCAUUCCUGGGAUGGGGUCAUGCCUCCUCUGUAGAGCACUUGCCUAGAAUUCACCAGUAGUAGAGUGCCUGCCUAAGUCCUACCAGCGAGGAGUUGGGGCGUGGCUCGCUGUAAAGGGCUUGUCUAGAACCCACCAAUGAGGGACUGGGGGCGUGGCUCAGUGAUAGAGCCCCUGCCUAGAAUCCCCCAGAGAGGGGCUGGGGGCGUGGCUCAGUGGUAGAGCCCCUGCCUAGAAUCCCCCCACACCCUCCCUCCCCAGGGGCUGAGGGCGUGGCUUGGCUUUAGACUUCUAGCCUGCUGGAAGUUCUGAGGUCAAUUCCCAGGCAUAGCUUCCUCUUUAAAAAAAAACAAACAAACCUUGGAGGAGGUGAAAGAGAGACUAAGCCAUCCUGCAAGUAAAGGAAGACAGAGUAUAUGUCAAGAUAUGUUAGGCAUGGUGGAAAGAGGGUGACAACUGGCCUUUCUCACAGGGGAACGUGGGGUCAGCAGAGGCCAGAGAUCUCAGCACAGCAAUAACACUGACUGUGUUCUGCCAAUCCAUCAGGGAGUAGAAACUGAUGAAGUAUGGGGUGGGAUUCAAGAGGUCACGGGUCAGGGAAUACAGACACAAGCAGAGGCCACGGGUGUGAGAUUAAAUCCAGAUGCAGCAUCUCACACAUACACCUACACACCUGUCCUCCCAGCACUUGGGAAGCUGAGGCAGGAGGAUCAUAUGUUUGAGCCUAGCCUGUGCUACCUGCAGAGACGGCUGGACUCCUAACUCUCAAGCGCCAGCGCCUGUCUCACAGAAGCUCCAUCUCUGGCCGCAUGUUCAAGUGGAUCAGCAAAGAUGCCCACGGUAAGAGGGAGUCUAACUCUUCCAGAUGGUGGCUGAGAGGUGGCAGCGUCAACCCUCGUGGGUCCUGUCCAGAGAGGAGAGGUGCGUCGGCAGAGGCUGUGAUUCUGUGUCCGUCCUGGAGUGCUUCACCAAGCGCACGGACCACACGCCAUCCUGCCCUUUGGUGCCCACAAACCAGACAUCUCCCCGGUUCUCAGAAAGCAUCAAAGCCCUCAGAAACCAUGAUGAUAAGAUCCAUGUGGUGCCGAUUAAGGCACAGUAGCUGAUGGGGGAAGGGUCGCCCAUCGACACCCCCGAGGUGGUCAAAGUCUACAUCAACUGGUUCUAGUCGGAUGACCGGAAGUUCUUGGAGACAGAAGAGUGGAAUCUUUUCAAAGAUACCAGUGUGCCCUGAAAUGCACCCCGCAGGAAGCUCAAUGACCUGAGGGGUAGCCAGGCUGUCUGGGGUUCCCCCACAAAGGAGAUGUCCAGUGUAGGAGACAAGAAGAGCUGGUGAACAGAAUUGUCAGAAUAUGGCAAAGGAACAUCCUGGUGACCUCCUGGGCCAGCGUUGCAGGGAUUUUUACAGUCCUAGGAGAUCAGCAAGUCUCGGGCCUUGGCUGGAGAGGCUGGACAUUGUGAACAACGGGCUGGCCAACGACAUCACCUGGCUGUUGGAAGAGUGGGCAGACUGCAAAGGGUGGAGAUCUCCAUGGCACCGUUUGGGCGUGACUGUGUUGAGGGCAGGGACGACGCUGCCAAGGACAAGACCCCAAGAUCUUCUCACACACUCCAGCCCCUCCCUCACCGUCAACGGCCAAGAUCACAGGUGCCGACACCAAGAAAGAUGGGGAAUUGCAGCUUACCUGACACGCCGCCGGCCAGUAACCACUUCAUUCAGGUAAAGCUGGAGGACCUCGAGCCGCCCACUGACCUGCCCCCACACCUCGCCCCGCCUUCUAAGCAGAGGCAUGAGUGAUUCCCCUACCCUGAGCCCCUGGCUCUUCUCUCCUACCAUCCCUGCACCUGCUCAGGUGGGCGGGGCCUGGGGCGCCCAUUAGGGAGGUCCAGUGUCUCCAUUAUUUCAAGGUCCAAAGAGAUUUGUCAUGUUUCCUUAGCUCUAGAAUAAGAGAAACACCUUAUAUCUUUUCAGGUUAUUAUGGGCCCAGCGGGAAGGCAGUAGCGAUGCUUGGAUGAAUGGUGGAAUUUAAUACGCAAAAAGCGGAUAUCUGUAAUAUAUAAUCUUAGAGGCAAAACACAAAACCACUAAACAGUUUAGCCAAUCUGAAGUUAAGUAGGAUUUAACUUUUAAAUAGGACGUGACAUUUAAACAGGAUAUGAAAUCUCUAUAAUGCUUUUCUUAUGCUUUCUAUAUGUUUCCUAAGAUCUUGUUUAUGUAUGGUUUUUGUUAGCUGUCUUGGCAAAAUAUCUUUUCAGAAAUGUUAGCCUUUAUGUGAAUGAAGUGAAGUGGUUUCAUCUGUGAUGGGAGGGGUCGGGGGAGGCGCUGAAGCCAAAAGGCCAGCAUGGGAUUGGAGUGCCAAGCAGAAUUUGGGAAGUCAGCAAUGGUGGGUGGGGCACCUAAGAUAAGAGAAGGCAUAAAAUUCUGGAGAUAUGGUCGGAGGUGAGCCGCAGUCACCUCAGUGUUUUAAUUGUGGCGGUGUCUUUGGAUGGAAGAUGGUAGAGGUGGCUGUGGAGUGUGUGUUUAGCCAGGGGGCUGUGGAGAAAUGAGGCUGAAGAGACACUUAAGGUAGGGAUGUGAUGACAUUGUGAGGGGGAUCCAGGGGCCUUUGAGACAAAGUCCAGAUAGAAGUUUAGGGAUAGAAAAGGCACAUCUUUUGGGAGACAAAAUUUCCUGUUUAUAGAAACCAGUGCGGGGACUCCCCAAUGUCCAGAUGUCCAACUUUGAUUACAUAUUACAUUUAAAGGCUGGAUAUGGAGGUGCAAGCCUGGUGUAAUCUCCAGAACUCAGGAGCUGGGAACAGAAUUGUGAGUUCAAGGCCAGCCUAGGCUCCACAGUGAGC